AUGAGCUCAAUCGCUCUUGGCCCGCUGCCACAGAGUGCUGAUAAACAGCUCCUCUUCUCUCGACUCGGUUUGAACGAACAGGUCCAUAAGAUGCUUCUUGGAGAAGCUCAGGCCGCGAGGGACAGAUUGAGUAGGAACCAGAUCAAUCUGACAGACCAGUCCAGAGCGGAUCCUUUGGUAACAGCACCUUACAAGUGGGACGAAAUUUCGGAAACGGCAAAACACUACGAGAUUUUGACCGUCGUGAACAAUGCCGGUCCACAGACCAGACCGUACUAUGGAAUGGGCCGUCAUACGACAAAUGUCAGUGAAGAGAGCUGGGUCGCAAGAUGGUACUUGUGGCACAGCUUUCGAUACCGGGAUAAUCGAGACCAUAGACCUCGCACAGGAGCCAGCAGCGGCAAUCAGGCAUACGGCGGCAAGUACCUUCCUGGGGAAUUGGAGACAUCCUGACUAGCACUGCCAAGAUAUUUGACUGAUAUCUGACAGGAAAUUCGACGUCUUGUGGGACCAUGGGCGGCUACUAUGAUCCGGUGUAUGGGCGUUAUCGCUGA